AUGACUACAAGACGCAAUCAGGCUAUUGCCAAAAUGUGGAAGUAUUCCUGGAGAAAUGCGAUUUUGCUGUAUCUUGUAGUAAAAUAUCAGAACUUUGAGUCUUGGGAAGAAUUAAGGGAUCUUCUAAAAUCAAAUUUAGAACCCCAGAGAACUACCCAACACUUGUAUCAGUCUUUAUAUGCUACAAAACAAAAAACAGGAAUGGAUAUAUUAACUUAUUCCAAGGAAAUAGAGGCUCUUCAAAAUACAAUUAUUGAACAAGAAACAAUUGGAUGUACAAUCGAGGUAGCACAAGCACUCGAGAGAACAAUAAAAAGACAAGCCCUACAGGUAUUUAUUGAAGGGUUAGGAGAUUUAAAAAAUUAUAUAAAAGCCAGACAUCCAGAUUCUCUUUUCAACGCGAUCCAAGCGGCUCGGGAAGAAGAAAUAGUAAGAAAAUCAUCAGAGGAAUCCAAAAAAUUAUAUAAGCCAGCAGCGACCUCAAAAACCCAGCCAGGAAUGAUAAUAUUUUGGUUUGGAUUUCACACCAGGAGCCCUUCUAUGGGUCUUCAAUAA